AUGUCGAAUCGAUUCUCUGUGUACUCCACCCAGUCUGCAGGACUGCCCGGUGGCCGUCCGUCGAACCAGCUCUCAACCACAACAUUACUGAAUGCCCUUCACGCACAUUACACCUCUGGCCUACCGUAUCAACUAGACGCUGGGACAAGUGUAGUUGUCAACAACUGGCUUACCGCCGCUCAGACCGGCGCGGAUGGUCAUAAUGGAGGCACAUUUGACCGCGAAUUGGCGGCAAGGGCAUGGGAACAUGCUCGACGAAGGGCGGAGGAUGGUUGUAUUGUUCUGAGCUCUACUCACCAGUCAACUCCCUCCAUAUUUGAACCCUUCUUGACGACGCUUCCUCUCUCCACUCCCAGCGUUACUUUCACGGCUCUCUCUGCACUGAAACCGUUCCUACGGGCCGUAACUGCCUUCAACCCUUCUUACUCACUAUACUCUGCUCUCUCCGCCAACUUCACCUUCACCCUCAAAGGUGACUUGGUUGCGCUUACGUUGGCUCUGUCGACUUCGGGCCUUAAUGUCCAAAAAGGCUUGCUGGACAUACCCACGGAACCUGGGUAUCGUGCGUUUGAUGUCUUUUACUACCUAUUGACAACAACCUCGACCCAAGCGGAACGGGAGUUCUUGGCUUUAAGGGAACCCUCGGCGUAUGCCUUGUUAAACAAGUCUGGGACAUACGAUCCACCUUCAUAUAUUCCCACCGCCGAUGAUGCUGCCGCUGCGGAGGACUUUAGGGCUGCUCUGAAAGCCAUUGGUAUCAAAGGAGCAUCUCUGCGAAAUCUUCUCUCAGUUCUUGCCGGCCUUCUGAAGCUUGGAAACGCGGCUGGAUUCCUCGUAGACGAGGAGGAGCUUGAACAAACAUGCGAGGAUGUUGGAGAUUUGCUUGGUGUAGACCCUGAGAUUCUUCUUCACAAAUGUGCUACCGACGAGCGCGAGCUUCUCAUUACUGGAAUCUACGAGGCCUUGGUCGAUUGGGUGAUCAGCAAAGCUAACGAGGCCAUUGCUGGCGAGCUUGAAGAGUUGAAUGCCAAUGGAUCAGGCGAACACUGGAACGAUGACGACACGGUCAGCAUUUCAGUCGUUGAUAUUCCUCGUCCUGCCUUCGGAAAAGCCGUAGCUUUGCGAAACGUCUUUGACGAUAGCCUCGGUAUCAAUGCAGAGAUGAAAGAGGACGGCAUUCCAGCACCCCCUGUCGGGCAAGCCAUUUUGAACGAAAUGGCAGCUGCAGUGGAGCAGUUUGGGCCUGACCUUGGGAUUAGCACAGACCCUACUAAGGAAUACGAACUCGACAAAAGGCAAGGUGUUUUGGAGAAAGUGGGCAUUGAUCUCGAUGCAGAUUCAUUUCUGCGGCAGAUCUUGAUUCCGGUCGAGAGUCAAGGCAUUGCUGUUGGGAAGAAAGGCCGGUUCGAUCUUGCCAGCACUCUCGGUAGCAGCAGAGUUUGGCACCAUAUAUCCGUCCACCCCAGCGAUGACCUGCCCGGAGCACUGAAUACUUCUGCGCCGACAGCUGCGUGGACAGCAAGCGCUGUAUCUCGCCAAAUUCGCGAGUGGCGACUUGUUGAAUGGGCCAAUCGCCGCCUCAAACAGUUCGAUUUCACGGCCGACUUCGACGUGGACGAGUUUGUUAACCGUUAUUCUCGACUGGGCUGCGCCGAUGGCAGGGACGGCGUGGAGAGUUGGUUGAUGGAAAGAGGCUGGACGAACGGCGAUGCUUUUGUCGGACAUCAGCGGAUAUGGAUGAGAGAAAAUGCUUGGUGGGAAGCGGAAACAAUGAUCGAUCUUAAAGCGGAUGAACCGCCGUCGACGCAUUCCUACUUCAGUAAUAGCAUGCUCGACCCCCACUCCGGGGGCACUCCCAUGGCCGAAUCUGCCAGUCUACUUGGAGGCAGUCAGAGCAAUCUCCUACACAGACAGAGUGCUAUGGCCCCCAGCGUCAUGGCCAAGUCUAUAGCACCCAGUGUGCCUCCUACCAUGAACAUGGCCGGUGAUUAUGGUCUGGGUAGCAAAGGUGAUGAUAAAAAGUGGGACAAUAUAUAUUACGAUGGCGAUGCUGAAGGGGGAGAUCGGAAACAUCUCGAGAAGGACGAGAUCACCCUUGGACGCCGUGUUUGGACUGCCUUCGUUUGGGCGCUAACAUUCUGGAUUCCGUCAUUCGUCCUACGCUAUGUUGGACGAAUGAAACGCCCCGAUGUCCGAAUUGCCUGGCGAGAAAAGGUUGUCUUGGUUCUUCUAAUCCUGCUCUUCAAUGGCAUUGUUUGCUUCUACAUCAUCGCCUUCGGCGACCUCCUUUGCCCAGGCAAAGACAAAGUCUGGAAUGAAAAGGAAGUCAGCUGGCGCUCGACAAGCAGUAAUUUCUAUGUCAGCAUCCAUGGCUAUGUCUACGAUAUCACCAAAUUUGCCAAGGUCACUCAUGGCGACACAUCACCAGAAGCGACGCCUUCGCUGAUGGAACCAUUGGCCGGCAAGGUAUUGGACGCCUAUUUUCCGCCUCCGUUGACCCGGAUGUGCGGGAACUAUGUCAAUGAUCUCGCAAUCAACCUGCAAAACAACGACACCUCCGCCACAGAGGAUCAGCCGCUGGCCGUACAUAAAUCUGGACCACGCAAUCGACCAGAUACGACUACCAAGCUGCACAAUAUCACUUGGUACGAACAGGACUUCCUGCCGAAGAUUAAUGAGUACUACAAGGGCAAGCUUGUCUGGUCCAAGGAUACUGUUAAGAAACAAGCCGAAAGUAGCAGUGAACGAAAAUGGGUCAUUGCUCACAACAAAAUCUACGAUCUUACGGAUUACUUCUAUACGCUAGACAUGAUGAAUUCGGAAAGUUCAUAUGAUUGGCUUCCUUCUGCAAUCACUGAUUUGGUCAAGAACAACCCUGGCCAGGAUGUCUCGGAUAAAUGGCCGUUGAUGUCGUCUCCUUUCCGCGAAGCCCAGUCCUGUCUUGAUUACGUGUUCUACAAGGGCGAUACAGAUUUCCGUGAUGGUCCGCGGUGCACGGUCAACAACUGGAUUCUACUCGCAUUCACGAUCUUGAUUUGCGCAGUUGUUCUUGUCAAGUUCCUUGCCGCUCUCCAGCUAGGGUCAAAGCGCCGUCCAGCCCCUCAAGACAAAUUCGUGAUCUGCAUGGUACCUGCUUAUACUGAAGGCGAAGACUCGCUACGCAAAGGUCUCGACUCACUCACUGCGCUUCAAUACGACAACAAGAGAAAGCUGAUCUUUGUGAUUUGUGAUGGUAUGAUUGUUGGUGGUGGUAACGACCGGCCGACGCCGAAAAUUGUCCUGGACAUUCUUGGAGUUGAUCCCAAAAUCGACCCUCCAGCGUUGCCUGUCAAAUCUAUCGGCCAAGGCAACGAACAGCUUAAUUACGGUAAAGUGUACUCUGGACUGUACGAAUAUGAAGGCAACGUGGUGCCUUAUGUGGUCGUUGUCAAGGUCGGCAAGGAGUCAGAGCAGAACAAAUCCAAGCCCGGUAACAGGGGUAAACGAGACUCUCAGGUUCUCCUUCUCAAUUUCCUCAGCCGCGUUCACCACCGUGCCCCGAUGUCCCCUCUUGAGCUGGAAGUUUUCCACCAGAUCAACAAUGUCAUUGGCGUUGACCCUGAGCUUUAUGAGUACUGCCUGAUGGUAGACGCGGAUACAAGUGUACGUGAGGAUUCCCUCAAUCGCCUUGUAGCUGCGUGCGCCAAUGAUGCUCGCAUUGCUGGUAUUUGCGGGGAAACGAGUCUUCAAAACGAGGAACGAAGUUGGUGGACAAUGAUACAGGUUUAUGAAUACUUCAUCUCUCAUCAUUUGGCCAAGGCUUUCGAGUCUUUGUUUGGCAGCGUUACCUGUCUUCCCGGAUGUUUCUGUAUGUACCGUCUUCGCACAGCAGACCGCGGUCGUCCUUUAAUUAUAUCGGAGAAGCUUCUUGAGGAGUAUUCGGAUAAUAAUGUCGAUACGCUACACAAGAAGAACUUGCUGGCCCUUGGUGAAGAUCGAUAUCUCACCACUCUCAUGACCAAGCAUUUUCCCACCAUGUCUUACAAGUUCAUCCCCGAUGCUUUCGCUAGCACGGCGGCUCCUGAGACAUGGUCAGUCCUUCUGUCGCAGCGACGUCGGUGGAUCAACUCUACAAUCCACAACCUGGUUGAGUUGGCGGCCUUGAAAGACCUUUGCGGAUUCUGUUGUUUCAGUAUGCGUUUUGUGGUAAUGGUUGACCUUCUGGGUACAAUCAUCCUUCCAGCGACCUGCGUCUACCUUGGAUAUCUGAUCUACCGCGUUGCGAGCGACACGGGGCCCUUCCCAAUGAUCUCCAUUGUCAUGCUGGCUGGUAUCUACGGUCUUCAGGCGAUUAUUUUCAUAAUCAAACGCCAGUGGCAGCACAUUGGAUGGAUGAUUAUCUAUCUCUGUGCAUACCCCAUCUACAGUUUCAUCCUUCCGUUGUAUUCCUUCUGGAAGCAGGACGACUUCAGUUGGGGUAAUACUCGUGUAGUCAUUGAGGAGAAGGGUUCGAAGCGCAUUGUCGCGGUGGAGGACGAGCAAUUCGAUCCCCGCAGUAUCCCCCUUCAGCGCUGGGACGACUAUGCCCUAGCCAACAACCUUCCCGGGCGCCGCGGUGACUACGCCGUCGGCCAAGAGAAGGCUUUCUAUGGCGGUCGCUACAUGGAUGACACGGCGAUGGAAAUGGAUGACAUGCAUUCGCAGUACUCCUCUGUCAAGCCCGCUUCGACGAUUCUCACUGGCUUCCCCGGUCAAGGUCGGCAUUCGUACAUGCCGCCGCAAUCCCCAGCUCCCUUUGGCGGAAAUGUCCCUGGUAACCGCAACUCGCACUUUUCCACCUUUUCCCGGUACACCGACCAGCCUCUCCAGAGCAACAGUCAUCUGCAGACCCGCCAUAUGUCAAUGGGCAACCUCAGCCAGCUGGAGAGCAGCGGCAUGACCAACCGCCACAGCGUCGGAAUGAUGCAAAGCACAGAUAACCUUCUUCGACCUAACUCGCGCAGCCCGGUAGGGUUUAACUCGCGGCCUGCCAGCGCGUUCGAUUUCCGGGCGGGCAUGAACGGGCCCGACGAGGGUGCAAUCACGGAGGCAAUCCGGAGCUGUCUCGCAGAGGUCGACCUCGACACCGUUACCAAAAAGCAGGUUCGCGCUCUUGUUGAACAACGACUUCAGACGACGCUUGUUGGCGACAAACGAACGUUCCUCGACCGUCAGAUUGAUAAUGAGUUGGCGAAUAUGUGA